AUGACUCCUCGCGAUAACGGAAAGGGCCCCUUCUCGUGGCUCGGAAAUUCAGGCGACCAGCCAUCGAAAGAUUCGCCUGAGGACCUUGCUCGCUCAGGUGGAGGCAACGUCGCAUCAACUUAUCGACUGGGAGCCUUUGGAAGCAAGCGCAAGUCUAUGUCAAACUCCAAGGGUGACCAGGAUUUCACAUCGUCGGUGGGGCCAGCCAGCGCAGCAAGGACACUAGGAUACCACGACCAGUCCAGACGUGGAGCACCCCAGUUUUCUCCACGCCAGGGCCACCCCAACCAACAGCAGUCCGGGCCAGGCUGGGAACCUCACGUUUCGGUGUUUAUGGAUGAGAUUUCCUUGGACAGCUUUGUGCCGUCAGACACACCGCCCAAGAAGAGCCACCAUGGAGGACUUUACAACAAAGGACGCAGUAGGGACGGUCGCGCUUCGCCAGCUAGCGAUUUUGGCCGGUCGUCCAAUACUAGUAUGGUGACGCUACUGGCCCAGACAAACACCAUGACCAACUCGAGCUCAACGACGUUGUUUGGAGGAUUCAUGUCAAAGUCCAAGAACCACAACAGUUUCAAGAAGCUGAAUGAUUCGCAGGAGGAUUUGACCGUGGCCCAACAUCAGACGAUCACGGUGUCCGCUGGAGGAAAGGCGUACUCCAAGAGACCCAAGGACAAGAAGGUUGGAAAGAAGGGAGGUGGGGGUGGGAAGGGAGGUAACGGCGGUGAUGGCGGUAACUCGGAUCGAAAGGCCCUGUUCUCGAACGAGCGCACGCUGAUCCACUGGAUUAAGUUUGGAAUCCUCCUCGGCGCCAUGGCUCUGACGCUCUGCAAUUUUGGACGGAUUGGUUCGCUUGCAUUCUAUAUCGGAUCGUCGGUGUUGUUGCUGGCCAUGACGACGCUGGGCUAUGCUGUCUUGACAUUCCAUUACCGCGACCGGUCGUUGAGUAGACGAUUGAAGGUUGCAAUGGCAAAGAAGAAGGCCAAGCGCAACAAGAAGGGUGGCCCAAAUGCUGUUGACCCCUCGACGCUGAUUGCGGAAGAGGUUUGUUACUAUGAUCGGAAGGGACCGACCAUUGUCUGCUGUGUUCUUAUCUUUGUCUGCAGCAUCAAUUUUUAUCUGAGUAUGGCGAAUGGAGCGACGGUGAACGGUGGUGGGGGGUUGAGUUACUUCCACGUUAACGAUUUUUAA